CCGUUAUUGGAUCCAAGGCAUUUCAAAGAGUCUCACAUGGCCGGGAGCCUGCAGAAUCCUUUGCCGAAUAUUUCGGUCAAUCAAGAUCAGCCAGAAGAGUACGUCCCGCGGAGGCGCAACAGAACGGGGUGCUUGACAUGCCGUCGAAGGAGGAAGCGAUGCGAUGGUGUCCGAGAUGUUUGUGGUCAUUGCAUUCGUCUCAAUCUCAUCUGUCACUGGCAGGGUCCCCAUGAGAUAGGGGAAGGCUCUGCCUCCUCAUCACAUUCGGUAUCACAGCGACCACGAGUGACAAAUCAUUCCUGUGUGCCGUUAACGAUCCCAAUCGCACCCGCUCCUUUUCAAUUUCUCCAGAGCGAUGCCCCAGAACUUGCUCGUCGAUCACUGGAUCGCAAGUUGGCGCUGAGAUACUAUGUUCAGAUCUUUAAUACUAUGCUAACCACCAAUUUGGAGAAUAACGGAUUUCUUUCUGUGCUUUUACCCAUGGCAAUUGAGGAGAAAGCGCUUCUUGAUAUGUUAAUUGCAUGGUCAUCAUCUCACCUGUCCCUUUGCGACGACACCUAUCGUAUCAAAGCCCUCGAGCAUCGAUCUACGGCUCUGCAGUCUUUCACAGCAUCUUUGUUAAAGAACGAAUUACCUGAAGUCUCGUUGGCUUGCUGUCUCGUCUUCUGCUCCAUGUCGGCUGUCUUGGGCGAUACUGCGGAGUGGCGUAACCAUCUUGUGGGCGCCGCGCACAUAAUCCGACACGCCUGGCUCUCGUCAUCACAAGAUGGAAGCCUGAAGAAUCCUCCAUAUGAGAUUCGGUGGCUACUAAGAAAUUUCGCGUAUCACGACAUCCUCAUGAGCGUAACAUUGGAUCGCGAGCCUCUGAUACCAGGGCGAUACUGGAUCCCACAGCCAGUGAACGAAUUGGAUUCUUAUGUCGGGCUGGCAUCUGAGCCACUGGCGCUGAUUUCCAAAAUCAGCUCGCUGAAUGGUGACGCUAUCCGACAAAUGGAAAGCUCAUCACCUUGCAGCGAUUCUGAGUCGAUAUCUUCAUCUUCACACGAUACCGACGAUUCUUCGUUUUCUCAAACGGUAGAUCUUAUUUCUCAAGCUUAUUCGAUAGAAUUUGAGCUUCAAGACUGGAAAUGCCCAGAAUCGAACAGUCAGUGCCUGGUCAAUCUCGCAGAGGCCUAUAGAAGCUCAGCUCUCAUACACCUAUAUCGCGUGAUGAGGCGCAGGAUACUAGGAUCAAGCACAGAGCUUGAAGGCAAGAUUGCAAGCCAGGUUACUUCAAUCGUAUAUCAAUUAGAGCAGAUGCCACUAGGAUGCCUCCCGGAAUGCACUUCGCUGUUCCCUCUAUUCAUGGCUGGGGGCGAGACUCGAUCCAAGUCAACAAUGCAGUUUAUCCGCGAAAGACUGCAGCACAUCGCAACCUAUCGACACUUUCAAAACGCCGCCUCUGCAUUGUCAGUCUUGGAGGAACUAUGGCUGCAACAUACGAGUAUCACAGGUCCAAUGACUGGUCAUUUAUUAGAUUGGCUUGAUAUCAUUAGGCGAAGACACUGGGAACUCGCGCUAUCUUGA